AUGGGGCCUGAUGGAUCACUGGGCGGAUGGUACGGGAAGGGGUGCAGAACAUUUUCCUUGGCUCCUGGUCAGUAUCGAUAUCUCGCCUUCGACGAGAAUUCUCAAGGCGGAUGGGCUAUGGCCCCCGGUAAUUCUAUUCCCAUUGAUUCCGAUGGCGCGUAUGCUUCGACCUGGGGUGAAUUUGAUUUUGGCUCAAGCAUCAACCUUGGAUGGUCCAGGUUUGGCGUGUCCGCCAUAGCUGCCCAGAAUGCCGGCCUCAAGGUUCAAGGCAUGAAAAUUUGUGAUGUUAUCACCCAUAUCUGCUCGUUCAUAACUAGAAAUGCCGGGUUUGUUUACAACGCCUACACGAAUACUCUUAUCAAUGAUAGAGACAUCGGUGGAAAGCUUGCCCCUGGACCAGCCAGGCUCUCAGUUACAGUUGAUUACGAUACACAGAAUUAG